AGAAAAGUGUGUGAAGAGUGAAAUACACUUAGAGUAGAAGUGUAUUGGUGAGGAUUGGUUUUUUGUAAUAGUUGAAUGUGAGAGUUUGCUCCUCCUAUUGUAAUUCUGUUCUUGAUAUUGAAUAGAAGAAUUUUCCAAUCCCAACAAGUGGUAUCAGAGCGAGGUUGAGUUUUCAUACACUGUUUUCUCAUUUUCAGAUAAAUUUCUACAGGUUAGAAAAUCGUGAUUUUUCAAGUUGCUCGGAAUCACGAUCUGAUCAUACCGUUAGAUUCGUCUCGUUGAGACGAGAAAUCUGGUAUUUUUGGGGAAUUUUUUGGCCACCAGAAGAGGCCGUACGCGCCGCCCAAACGCGUCGGAAAGCUGCCUGCGUCAUCAUUGCAUCAUCACGCAGUCCAGAGGAAGAAGACGAGCCACGUCAGCCGCCACGUCAGCGCCGCGUCAGCGCCAUGUCAGCCGCCACGUCAUCCGUGUAAGCCAUCCUCUGGGUGCCGCGUCAGCGCCAUGUGGCGCCACGUCAGCGCCAGCGCAGUCCAGCUGUUGCCACGUCAUCCGCCUGCUAGUCUGCCCACUGGUUUGCUGCUUGAACCGGACCGAACCGGUUCGAAGUUGUGGAGGCCGGUUCACCCAUUUGCAGACCGGUUUUGGACAAGGUCAGACUGGUUCCUACCAUUUUCGGCCAUUCCGGAUCCAACGGUGAGCUCCGUUUGUCCAAAUUCGGCUCCGAAAAUAAGGUACGAGAUAUUUUGAGCGUUUUAUUAUGGAUAAAUCAUCAUCGGACACCAUGAUUGCGCUCACUUCCACAAAUUACAAUAUGUGGAAGCCUCGGAUGGAGGAUUUGCUAAAUUUGAGGGAUUUAGCCGAUCCUCUUGAUAAUAAUGGCGUGAAACCGGGUAAAAAGACGGAUGAAGAAUGGACAAAAAUGAAUAGAAAAACUGUCGCACAAAUUCGACAGUGGAUAGAUCAUAGUGUGUUCCACCAUGUUGCGCAAGAACAAAGUGCUUACACACUAUGGGAGAAGCUUGGUAGCAUGUAUCAAGCAAAAACCGCCCGAAAUAAGACGUUACUAAUGAGGAGAUUAGUAAACCACACACUACUAGAAAAAAGUCUAUUUGCUGCGGUUAUUUUAAGCUAUUUGCUGCGGUUCUGAACCGCAGCAAUUGGAGGAGCAGCAAAAUGUGGAUUAAGUUAUUUGCGGCGGUCAACAACCGCAGCAAAUAGGUGUGUCUAUUUUUUUAAUUUAUUUAUUGCGGCGGUUCCUAUACAACCGCAGCAAAUAGUUCAGC